GAAUGAUUCGGAAGUCGCUAGAUGGUGGUCAGAGGGUUAAAUGCAAAUAAGCAAUUCGAGCCCCCGACACUCCUUUGCUUACUAUAUCUCCGCCUAUCUGAGAUCACCGAGGGCAUACUGUCACCAUAUUUCACUGUACACAAAAUUAGGCCUUUAAUUUGCAGACAUGGCGACUCUAAAAGCGCUAUCUAGAUUGGAGAGUGUGAUCAUCAGGAACGUGACAGCGACGAUCAAGACGAACAUCUCGCGAUUAUCCGUUGGCAAGCAGACAUGUGGCUGUUACUUUUCCACUUCAAAUCAACGGUCCCGACAGUUUUAUUCAGACCCCCUUGAAGCAGUCAAAGAUAUUCCUAAUGGAGCGACUAUUCUUGUGGGAGGUUUUGGCCUGUGCGGUAUUCCAGAAAAUCUGAUCAACAGUUUGCUUAAGACAGGAGUUAAGAGCCUGACUGCAGUCAGCAAUAAUGCAGGAGUGGAUGACUUUGGCCUGGGCCUGCUCCUUCGGACUAAACAGAUCCGGCGUAUGAUCUCAUCAUAUGUUGGGGAGAAUGUGGAGUUUGAGAGGCAGUAUCUCAGUGGUGAGCUGGAGGUGGAAUUGACCCCACAGGGCACGCUAGCAGAGCGGAUCAGGGCUGGAGGCGCAGGUGUGCCUGCCUUCUUCACUGCCACAGGCUAUGGCACACUCAUCCAAGAGGGAGGCUCACCUAUCAAAUACAACAAGGACGGCACCAUUGCCAUCGCAAGUGAACCCAGAGAGGUGCGUGAAUUUAAUGGCCGACACUAUAUCAUGGAAAAAUCCAUCACGGGCGACUUUGCGCUGGUCAAAGCCUGGAAAGCGGACAGAGCUGGGAAUGUCAUCUUCAGGAAAACAGCACGAAACUUCAACCAGCCCAUGUGCAAGGCAGCCAAGAUCACAAUUGUGGAGGUGGAGGAGAUUGUAGAUGUGGGCACGUUUGCAGCAGAAGACAUCCACAUCCCCAGCAUCUAUGUCCACAGGAUUGUCAAGGGAGAUAGCUACGAGAAGCGGAUCGAGAGGCGUACAGUAAAGAAAGGCCAGGCUGAAAAUCCCAAACUUAAGAAAGACUCUGAUAUUGUGAGAGAGAGGAUUAUUCGCAGAGCUGCGCUGGAGUUUGAGGAUGGGAUGUAUGCUAACCUGGGCAUCGGAAUCCCCAUGCUGGCCAGUAAUUUCAUUAAACCAGAUAUUACUGUCCACCUGCAGAGUGAAAAUGGCAUUCUGGGGCUGGGCCCUUACCCAACAGAGGAAGAAGUUGAUCCAGAUCUCAUCAACGCUGGUAAAGAAACUGUCACAGUUCUUCCUGGAGCCGCUUAUUUCUCUAGCGACGAUUCCUUUGCCAUGAUCAGAGGGGGUCAUAUCAACUUGACCAUGUUAGGAGCCAUGCAGGUAUCCAAGCAUGGAGAUCUGGCCAACUGGAUGAUUCCGGGUAAGAUGGUGAAGGGCAUGGGAGGGGCUAUGGAUUUAGUGGCCAGUGCUGGAACUAAAGUGGUUGUUACAAUGGAGCACUCUGCUAAGGGUGGCAAACACAAGAUUCUGGAGAAGUGCAAUCUGCCUCUGACCGGAAAACAGUGUGUGGACCGUAUAAUCACAGAAAAGGCUGUAUUCGAUGUGGACAAGGACAAAGGUUUAACCCUGACUGAGGUUUGGGAGGGUCUGACACCAGAUGACAUUAAGAAAUGCACAGGGACUGACUUUGAGGUCUCUCCUAACUUGAAACCAAUGCAGCAGAUUUAAUGGUUUUAGAAAAAUGCUUAAGGCUGUUUAGACAUCUGAUGGAAACCACACACUUGUUAAAUCCCCCAUGCAAAUCCUUUUAGGGCUUCAACUGAGGAAAUGUCACUGAAGCAUGUUCAAAACAACAAAUAU